GGCACUAUCGAGCGGAGUUUGGGGGCCGGCCAGCAUCGCUGCAACACGACCAAAACAGCGCCGCAAACGACGGACAGUCUGGCACGAAGCCAAGGCUACUUCGACUGGAGCCAACACCGCCGCACGGCCCUUCCUUAGGCCCACGCCUGAUAUAGCCAGAUUUGUCGCAUGCAAUAUCUGGACCAGCCGCACCGCUACCUACUCGAUCAUUCAGGAUUGUCACCGCUCAAAGCAAGAGGUAUGUUGGGUGCAAUCCCGCCCUUUUUCCCCCUUCUACUUUCUUUUCUUUCCAUUCCUUUUGAUGGGGCAGGCUGGAAGGGAGGCUGCAUGCGUAUGUAUGUGUGUGUGUGUGUGUGGGUGGGUGUGUGGGUGUGUUGUUGUAUGCGUGUCUUGUCUGUUGGCUUGGUUGAAAGAUGGUGGGAUGGAAGUGGAAAAGCAUUGGAAUGCCCAUCCUUCCACCUCUUCUGUGCUCAUGUGCCUGGGGUCAUAAUCCAGGCCAGCAGAACAAAGGGUACUCCCGCCCAUUGCACCAGAGAGUUUUAAAAAAAAGGCAGAGGGUACAAAAAAAAAAGGGAAAAGGCUCGCUGCCCGUCCCGGCUUGCAGCUACAUCAUUAUCCCGCCUUUCCAU